GCUCCCAUUUGAGGCCGGGCCAGCAGCAGCUACAGUGGCAGCGCUGGACCAUGAGCGGCAGCAGGGAUUUUAGAGAUUAUGGCAUCUGAAGCCCAAAAUGUUAGAAAACAGAACCUGUUGUUCCUUGAGGGCCAUCCUGUUGAUCUCCCUAGAAAAAGGAGCUCUCGUUUCAUUAAUGAGAACAUGAAGGAGGGUAAGAAAUCUGCAAAACAUUUGGCUUCUUGCGCAAGCAGAACAACAGUUGGACAAACUGUGACCAGCCCACAUCCUCUCUUCAGAGUAGUAUACUGCAGAAGAAAAGUUUUGUAUUAUUCUCCAAAGCCUUGUUUCAGAAAGAAACAGCUCCCUAAAGUCAGGGGCCGUGACAUGGCAAAUAAAGAAAAUGAACUGGCAUGUGCAGGUAAUCUGCCAGCAAAACUGCCUGCUGAUGGCCGAACGUUCUUAUUGAACUCCAGUGAUUCUGGCCGCUCUCAAGCAGAAAGUCCUUCGUCAAAAUAUAGUGGAUUUUUUUCAGAGGUUUCUGAAGAUCAUGACACAAUGGCACAAGUCCUCUUCAGUAGAAAUCUCAGACUGAAUGUAGCUCUAACCUUUUGGAGAAGAAGAAGUAUAAGUGAGCUCGUAGCCUAUUUAGUAAGGAUACAAGACCUUGGUGUAGUCGUAGACUGUCUUCCGGUGCUUACCAGCAGUUUACAGGAAGAAAAACCAUAUAUUUCUGUUGGCUGCUGUGUAGAUCUUCUGCCAUUAGUAAAAUUACUGCUUAAAAGUAAAUUUGAAGAAUAUGUGGUAGUUGGUUUAAAUUGGCUGCAGGCUGUGAUUAAAAGAUGGUGGUCAGAACUCUCUGCCCAUUCAGAAAAGAUAGAGGAUGGAAAUAUUCAGAUUUUAAAACAGCAGUUAAGUGGAUUGUGGAAACAAGAAAAUCAUCUUACUUUAGUUCCAGGAUAUACGGGUAACAUAGCAAAGGAUGUGGAUGCUUAUUUAUUACAGCUGCACUGACAUUCUUGGAGGUCAUAGUGUUUCUGUCUGUAUGUGCGCAUUUAACUGUCGGCUAAAAAAGCCC